AUGAUUGCUUCUGAUAUGCCAAUGAUCUUGGCUCUUAUAUUUGGAGGCUGCUGCAGUAACGUGUUUGCCUUGGAAAUCCUCGUAACCGAUGCACCAAAGAGCGGUCAAUUAAUUACAUUUGGCCAGUUUUUGUUUGUGGCAGUAGAGGGCUUAAGAAACCAGAUCACUUGGGGCACCUAUGGCCCAAAAUUAAAGCCUACAGUGGUUCCACUCUCAAACUGGUUCUUUUUGGUCACUGUCUUCUUUAUCGUGUCUCUGUUGAACAAUUUAGCAUUGGGAUACAACAUCUCCAUGCCAUUGCACAUCAUCUUUAGAAGUGGAGGAUUGAUUGUCAAUAUGAUCUUGGGUGCAUUGAUUUUGAAAAAAAGAUACUCGCUAGGCCAGAUUACGGGUGUAUUAUUUGUCACUGCUGGUGUUAUUUGGGCAACCUUGGAUAAUGCGAAUACACAUACUGAGAAUAAUCCUGGUAGCACAACAGAAUUCCUUACAGGCAUCUUUCUCUUGUCAAUUGCUAUGAUCUUGUCGGCUGGUAUGGGCUUAUUCCAAGAAGUGACAUAUAAAAAGUAUGGCAAGCAAUGGAGAGAGGGUCUAUUUUAUACCCAUUUCCUUGCUCUUCCCUUCUUUUUGUUCUUUUACAAGGACUUGUCAAACCAAAUUGUCGCCUACAACAAAUCGCCGCUGAUGCCAAUCCCUGCUCUGAUGGAACAAGUGCCAUUCUUGGGCUCUGUCAACGAGAUGAUCCCUGCUGCGCUUUUAAGCAUGCUUCAAUCCAUCCAAAUGCGUAAAUUAUGGGCCUUCUUGCUGAUGAACAUGCUCACACAGUAUGUUUGCAUUGCUGGCGUCAACCGAAUGACUUCUGUAGCUACUUCCUUGACUCUGAAUUUGGUAUUGAACCUGAGAAAGUUCACUUCGUUGAUCUUCUCCAUCAUCUACUUUGACAAUCAUUUUGGAUUUGGAGCAAAAAUGGGAUCGCUGCUUGUGUUUUUAGGUACAUUGAUCUAUACUCGUGCAGGCCUUCAGUCCACUCCAAAGCAGCCGCAACAACCUACCACAGCUGCUGUUGCUUCUUUGGAUGAAAAGAAGAAGAAGCUUUAG